UCCCAGACCGUGGUCGCCAAAGGGUGAUGGACGGGAAAAGACCGCUCAUACUUCCGACUGCCCGCUAGUGCCCAUGGGCUCCCGCGACCGCACCCGCGUCGGGUGAGCGCCCCCGGCGCCGGCGACUCGAUCUCCCUUCUCCGGCUACCCCUGCAGCUGCCGAGGCCAGAUCCGGAGUCCCCUGCUUGCCCUCUCUCUUCCCCCUGCGAGGCUCAGCCCGACGUCAAGCAGAUGGGAAGGAUGGUGCUGUCGCGUCCGUGCAAGUGGCGGCUGGGCGCGCGCCGCCGACGCACGGAUCUCCGGCCUCCGUGCUCCGUUGCGGCCGCUGUGACCGGAUCCGGGUGCCCCGAGGCGCGCUCUCCCACGUCCUCAGCGCCGCCCUGCGCCCCGGUUCGCCCUGCGAUGCCGCUCGAGGAGGCCUCCGCGGCGGCCGCCGCUCCGGCGGCGUCCCCGGCUGUUGCAGCCGUCGUCCUUCCGCCGUCUGCAUCGCCAUCCCGGGCUGAUAGCGUCGUGGAGACCAAGGCAGGAGUAGGGUCGUGCACUUGGGCUGCAAGCACCAUCCCGGCUGCUGGCGUUGUCCCUCGACCGCGGCCGCUGCCGCCAGCUUGCAGAUUCAGGAGGGAGGAUGGGGGUGUGAAGGCCUCGUGCACGCCCCGUCUCAAUCCUGCGUCAACAUCUGCUUCUGUCCGGACUCAUGCCGCCCCCGUCCCUCUUGUCGGUGUCGUCUCAAGUGUGCUGCUGCCGGCCCCUGCUGCCCCGGCGAAUGGAGAGGACGGGCGUUGUGAAGAGGAUCUGGCUCUGUCGCUGCCCGCCAAUGCAAAGAGCACUGUUGUUGCCAUGGGGCGUGAGCUAACCAGUGCACCGCGAGCCCGAGCCCUGUUGCCGGCCCCUGUGGCCCCGGCCAAUGGAGACAAUGAGGGCUGUGGAGAGGAGAUGGCCUUGACGCUGCCCGACAAUGCAAAAAGCAUCGUUGCUGGCAUGGGCAACGGGCUGACCGAUGCACCACGAGCUGUGUUGUGGGCCUCCGCUGCUGACAACAAUGACGAAGAUGACGACGAGGAGUUGGCCCCCCAGACGCCGCCGACUGUCACCAAAGCCCUCGACUCCGAAGGGAUUUGCAUGGGCCAUGACACAGACACAAGUCAGGGUUGGCAGGAGGUGCUACCGCGGCGCGGCCCGCGUCGUUCGACUUCGUCGCCAUCCUCGAUGAUGGCUCCUCGUCCUCCUCGUCACAUCCCUGCUUGGCUCCAUGGUAGAUGCUGUAGAUGCCUUGCUUAUGGGCAUCGUGCGGUUGUUUGCAGAGAUCCGUUGCGGUGCUCUCGUUGUUUGGAGAAUGGUCAUCGUGCGCGUGAAUGUCGCAACCCCCGGCGUCCUCUGAGCUCAUUAUCAUGCCUUGAUGUGCCGCAUGUGUCCCGCCUCGGCACCGUGCAUCGUGUUGCUCCUGCUUCAUGUGAGGGUUCGGUGAGAUCCACACCCCCUUCGAAGGCGCUUCACCGUGGGUCUUGGGCAUCUGUUGUCUCUGUUGCUGUUGGCUCGGCAACCCCGUCCGAGCUGAUGUUGCAGUCCGCACUGGCUGAUCAGACUGCACUAUUGCAAGGUUGUGUGGCGCGGGUUGAGAGCUUUCUGGAGCGAGCGGAGGUUGCUCUGGGUAGACUAUCCCUUGUGCCGGCUCUGUUGCAGACCACUCUGACGUCACAUUCUCCUUGUGUGGCCGGUGUUUGCUCCGUGGAAGACAGGGGUGAGGAGUUGUAUGGCUCUUUCUCCCCUCGUGUUGGAGUCCAUUCAUCGUCGGUGCCUACCUCCCCUCCUAUGGUGUCUUCCACUGAGGGCGAGUCCAUCGCCGUGCUUGUGACUCCGGUGCUGCAGAUCAUGCCUGAGCUUAGGGAGCUAUGCCUGAGUCUAUCAGUGGAGCAUACGAAGGUGGACAUGUCGGCGGCCUCGAUUGAAGGACAAGUUUCGCCUCUGUCAAGUGAGCAGUUGGAGGUUUCUUUGGUUGAUGAUGCUAAAGGGAAGGCAGCUGCAAUUUCAUGAUUGGUAGUGCUCAGUGUUUCGCGUUGUCCACGUGGCUUUGGUCUUUUGAGUCGUAGAAGUGGCUGUGGUUUAGUGUGUGUUGGGAGCAUUUGGUGGACCGUCUACGUGGUCGUGAGAGUGAGUCGCUUCUGGAGUGUCACUUUUGUAGUGUUUGUAUCGGUUUUUGCCCGGUUUUUAACCGAGCAAUUCUUUUCUUCUUAAUUAAUCGAUGAGGCAAUCCUUUUGCCUCUGUUUCGAAAAAAAAGGGUUAUGGACGCCGUAUGCUUUUCUUUAGCCUUCUCAAGACAUUUGUUCAAA